GUUCAUGGUUUAAAUGCAUUUAAAGGGCUUAGCGCGUAAGCGGCAUCGUUAUGACUAUUGGAUUUAAAAUGUCGACGUGUGACGUGUAGUUUACAUUGACAGGCGGUGACAAGCUCGUCGAAAAAAAAAGAGAAAUGGAAUAUUUCAAAAGCAGUCUGAAAUCCGUCUUAGGGACGCCCCCCGCCGGUACACAGCCAACGGGUGCCGAUACAGUGGAGAGACUAGUGGACAGAUUGCAGUCUUCUACUUUGCUCGACGACAGAAGGGAUGCCUGCCGUGCGCUCAAGGCACUGUCCCGUACGUACCGUGUAGAAGUGGGUGCUCAAGGAAUGGACGCGCUCAGGCAGGUGUUGGAGAUGGACAGAACGGAUUGCGAGAUAAUCGGUCUGGCCUUGGAUACCCUGUGCAACAUAACGAAUCCUGUGACGUUCGAUGAAGAGGUGGACAAACACGGUCCCGAGAACAAAAUAGGGGAACAAUUCACGGAAAUAUUUAUCAAGCAUCCCGACAGCGUUGGUUUGGUGCUAACAUUUCUCGAAGAGUUUGAUUUUCGCGUCAGAUGGCCGGCGCUAAAGCUAUUGACGCAUUUAUUGGCCAACAGAUCCAAAGACAUCCAAGAGAUAAUCUUGGUCAGUCCUAUGGGCGUUUCUAAACUGAUGGAUUUGCUGAGCGACAGCAGAGAAGUUAUACGCAAUGAUGUAUUAUUGCUGCUGAUUCAACUAACGAAAGGCAAUGCAAACAUACAAAAGAUAGUAGCGUUUGAAAAUGCGUUUGAUCGUAUCGUUGAUGUUAUCGAGCAAGAGGGCAAUGCAGAUGGUGGUAUUGUUGUGGAAGAUUGCCUCCUACUGAUGUUGAAUCUUCUCCGAGGCAACGUUAGUAACCAAAACUUCUUUAAGGAAGGUAGCUACAUACAGAAAUUGACACCAAUGUUUCAAAUUCCAAAUGAAAUGGAGGACCACAAUCUUGGUGGAUGGAAUCCACAGAAAGUGGCGAAUGUUCACUGCAUGAUACAAGUUGUACGAGCAUUGGUAGCUCCGAGUGCUCCUGCUCAGGCAGUCGCAGCUUGUCAACGAACUAUGAGGGCGUGUGGAUUGUUGCAAGCAUUGUGCGAUAUAUUGAUGGCUAGCGGUGUACCGGCGGAUGUUUUAACAGAGACUAUCAACACUGUAGCGGAAGUAAUAAGAGGGAACGCUAGUAAUCAGGAAUUUUUGGCAGGUGUUAUGGCACCGAGCACUCCCCCAAGGCCGGCUAUCGUGGUUUUACUCAUGUCCAUGGUGAAUGAAAAACAACCGUUUGUCUUACGAUGUUCGGUGUUAUAUUGCUUUCAAUGCUUCCUGUAUAAGAACGAGGUGGGACAGACGCAGUUAAUUCAGACUUUAUUACCGCAAGGCAACGAGGCACCUUCGCUAACUACAGACUAUUUUGCCUGUCUAUUGCCUUUGUUAGGACAGCUGCUGUGUGGCGGACUAUUCUCUAUAGAUUCUCUGUCAAAUUGGUUCUCCGCCGUGGCAUUGUCUCAUGCCCUGAUCGAGAACAUAAGUCAAAAGGAGCAACUGCUACGAGUACUUCUCGCAACCAAUAUUGGGAAACCACCAGUGACGCUUAUGCAGCAGUGCGUUAUGUUGUUGCAGCAGGGUAACAAAACGCAGUGUAAAUUGGGGCUGCUGAUUCUGCUCUGUCGCUGGACCUCCAACUGUCCGCUCGCGGUAAAAUCAUUCCUGGCUAUCGACUCUUCGGUAGCAUAUUUAACAGCCCUUUUGUCAUCGCAAGAAAAUAACGAUGAUUUACAAGAGACAUUGCUACAGAGUAUGUGCGCCUUGCUUAUCGGUAUUUGCGUGCAUUUCAACGACGAUAGCGUUUCUACUUAUACAAAAGAAAAAGUGUGCAAUUUAAUCGAGAAUAGAAUAGGUUUGGAAAGGUUUCAAGAUGCGAUCGGUGGUAUUGCCAGACACGAGAUAUAUUCUCGAACAUUAAAACAUCCACAACCUUCGGCUAAAAAUCCGUCGGAGCUUCUGUUAGAUCACGAGUUUUGCAGGUUACUAAAAAGUUUAGAAGGUGGUAUAAUAAAAUCGGUGAUAGAUGCUAACAAUGAACAUCAAAAUAGGAAUCAGUUAUCUGUAAUGAACUUACCUGAUAAUACAUUGGUUUCACAAUAUAAAGACCUUAUUAGAGAACAGGAUAUACAAAUUCAAAGGUUAAAUCAAGCUAAUGAUUUGUUGACAAAAGAAAAACAAGAACUUGAGGCACAAGUGCAAGAACUUGGAUCAACUGUUAGUCAUCUACGAGAUCAAAAUUUGGUUCUUCGAGCUGCACAAGCUAAUAUAGGAGAUGGAAAGGAGACAAUUGUUUCUAGUAAUAAUUUAGAUUUGGAAAAGGAAUUGCAAACGUAUAAAACGAUGGUUGCAGAUUUAGAAAAUCGUUUAACCGAAUAUAUGCAUAUAAUGCAACAGCACAAUGAGAAGGACAAAGUAAACAAACAAACAGAAUUGGAGCAUCAAUUGAAAUUGAAGAACGAUGAGUUUGAGAAAUUGAAAAAAGAUCAAGAAGACCUUUUAGAACUUUUGACAGAUCAAGAUAGUAAAAUUACACUGUAUAAAGAAAGAUUAAUUGAAUUAGGAGAUAAGGUUGAAUCUGAUGAAAGUUCGGGUGAACUUGACACAGAUGAUCAACCAGAAUCAAGUAACUGACAUGAGAUGAGAUUUAAUUGACGUUCCUUCAUAUAAAUUAAUAAUAGAAUUUUUAUGUCAUAGAGCAAGUGUGUGUUUCUUUUUCAGAUUUUCUAAGAUUUCAUUUAAUGUGUGUCAUAAAUAAUGUAAACACAAAAUAUAUGAGCAAAUGCAACACAAUAUUUGCAAUGUGUACACAAAUGGAAGCACACAUAGUUGUAUAAAUGGACGUCGCGUUCUCUAGAAGCUAAAAUGUAUAAAAUUCAAUGUUUAAUUAAAAGAGUUGUAUUUUAAGUGAAACUGAACCAUAAUAUUAUUCUAAUUCUGAGUAAUUACGUUUUAUAACAUAUUCGAGGUAGUUUAUAAAAAUUAAAUGUAAUUAACUGUAUAAAAGAGUAGAUUACAUUUGAACUGAAGUAA